GGUCCCCAUCAAAUUCUCCCAUCAUCCGUGCUUUCGGCGAAUUAUCCCUCCAGACUUUUGCAUUCGGCCAACUUUGAGUCGUGACGCUGACUAGAAGAAACCGUGUUUGUAGUACUAUGUUUCCAUGGCCAUCUCUUCCGCGAGCUUUACCUGCACCUGCCACCAAGGCUUCUCGAGAGUAUCGAUCGACAGGAGGACUAAACUUCCUUGAUCCUAUGUUGCUCAUCUCUAUUUUCGGAGUGGGGCACCAUUUCUAUCGUCGUGUUCCAUCUUGAUUAGUUCAUACUCUGGAAUCAAUUCGUCUUAACUCUUUGGUUUUUUUCUGCAAUCCAAUCCAAAAGUUUCUAGCAUUCGCAGUCGAUCCUUGUUACAAUUUUAGGCCAUCCUUCUUAAUCUCGUUGGCCUACUUUCUUCUUCGCCUCUGAUAUGGAAAUUGUUGCUUCCGUUGUGUCCUUACUCGUGGUAGAAGGCGGAAAAUUUGUUUAUCGUUCAAUCAGUUCCAGGAUCAGGAGUUGCUGGCAUGGAGAAAGGAUGGGAGAUGCCGCUGAUUCUCACAUAAAGGUGGCGGAGCUUAUUCCCUGCCCUUCGAUUAGAGGCCACACGACCGCAUCGCAAACAAUGGCUCGUAUUCUAAAAUUGUUACACGAUGAUAAAGUACAGCGACUUGGAAUUUGGGGAAUGGGUGGAGUAGGCAAGAGCUACCUGGUGAAGAACCUAAACAACAAGCUCAGCAGGCCUUCAUCGUCACGGAAACCUUUCAGCUUGAUUAUCUGGGCGACUGUUUCGAAAACUACCUCAUCCCAAGAGCUGGAUCUGAAGAAUCUGCAGACCAAAAUAGCCAAUAGGUUGAACGUGAAGGAGGAGGAAACCGUGGAAAGGACAGCUAUACAACUUUCGAAAAGGCUUAGAAAGGAAAAGUUUCUUCUCAUUCUUGAUGAUGUAUGGGAAGCCAUCAACUUGGAUCAUGUUGGUAUCCCACGACCCCAAAAAAAAUCAGGGUCCAAGAUUAUACUGACAUCGCGGUCUUUGGAUGUUUGUCGAACAAUGAUGACUGAUGUCGAAGUUAAGGUAGAGGUCUUGACUGAUGAAGAAGCAUGGAAAUUAUUUAAGCAUCAAGUUGGAAAAGAAGCUGAUUUGCAGAACAUCAAACCAUUAGCGAAAACUGUCUGCAAUGAAUGUGGAAGGCUGCCACUGGCUCUCAUCACCGUGGGUUCAGCGAUGAGACGGAAGAAGAAGGUUGGCCUGUGGGAGGAUGUUAUAAAUGAGUUGAGAAUGUCAAGACCUUCUAUUCACGGUAUAGAGCCCAACUUGUAUAGCUCGUUGAAGUUGAGCUAUGACUCACUGCAGAACAAAAUGCUCAAAUCUUGUUUUCUGUAUUGUUGCCUGUAUCCGGAGGACUACUCCAUUCUCAUAAGCGAACUUGUUGAAUGCUGGUGGGCUGAAGGUCUGAUCGGCAAGCAACUUCCCUAUCACGCCGCUUUAAACAGGGGAAUUGCCUUGAUCGAGAGUUUGAAAGACUCCUGUUUACUGGAGACUGGUGAUUCAGAUAAUAGCAUAAAGAUGCACGACGUGGUUCGUGAUGUUGCGAUAUGGAUCUCAACAUGUGCAGGUCCAGAAUCCAAGUUUCUUGUUCAAGCUAACAUCGGAAUGACUGAAAUUUCAGAGGUUGAGUUGCGAAGUAAUCUGGAAAGGGUCUCUUUUGUGAGUAGUAGUAUAGAGACAUUGUCUGAUCAGGAGAUGGAAUGUCCGAACGUGAUAUCUUUAUUUCUCCAGUGCAAUUCCCUCCUACACAAUAUUCCAGAGAACUUUCUGCGGGGAUUCAGAGCAGUGAAAGUAAUGAAUUUAGGGGGAACCCAAAUAAGGACAUUGCCCAUUUCUCUCCUCCAUCUACGAGAUCUUCGCGCUCUUCUUCUGAGGGGUUGUAACCAUCUUGAGGAAUUGCCUCCGUUGGGAUGUCUUACCAAACUCGACAUACUUGAUCUCCAUGAUACAAGUAUCAAGCACCUGCCAGAAGGGAUGGAUCAACUAACAAAUUUAAGGAAGUUAGAUCUAUCAUACACACUCAACUUGGAAUUCGUACGACCAGAAAUGGUUUCUAAUCUGACUUCCCUGGAAUUCUUAGACAUGACAGGAAGUAGUUACUGGUGGCUCGUCAAGCAAAGACCUCCACUGCUCUCCUUUGAGAUUUACUUCCAAGAGGGCCACACGGAGAAUAGGGCAACCCUGGAAGAUUUACAGUCUUUGCAAAGGUUAUCCGUCCUACAUCUAUCCUUGCAUGAUACAGUGAAGGCCUUUGAAGAAAGCGACGUUUAUUGGAUAGGAAGGCUGAAAACAUUUCAGUGCUCAAUGAGUCUGUCGUAUUCACCGCGUGAUAUACAAAGACUAACAAGAUCCAGCGAGAAGGCUCUAAUUGGAAGAGACCUCUCAGGAGACAGUUUAGAAUGGUUCAUGUCUCACGCAACUUCUCUCGCCUUCGAUGAUUGUUGCAACCUUCAUGAGAUUCUGGAAAAUGUCGUCAUAAACCGAGUGGAAUGUUUUACUAAUAUGAAGAUAUUGACUCUCAAAGAUGCCAUGCUGAACGAAGGAAGCAAUGCUCAGUUUGACCUACUUCCGAAUUUGGAAGAGCUGUAUCUUGAUAACAUUGAGAAGAUAAAGAGCAUGUCAAUAUUAGCUGAUCGCUUGGGAUUGAGCUUUCCUAGAUUAAAAACUUUGGUGGUAACUGGAUGCAACGAAUUGGAGAAUCUUUUCUACUUGGGGGGUCGGAUCACAAGCCUGCCCAAAUUGAGCCAAAUCAAGGUAGACACUUGUGCCCAUCUGAAUGAACUCUUCCGGCACAUCGCAGGAAGCGCAAAAGAACAUGCUGCUGUUCCUAAAUUGCGGGCAGCACGUUUGAACGGGCUACCCCGAUUGCAAUGCCUCUGUAGGAGAGAGGAGUCCUGGCAGAGUCUGGUGGAACUCGAAGUCGUGCGUUGUCCUUCGCUCAAGAAGUUGCCAUUCAGGACCACGAACGGCAACUCGAUAAAGGAGAUCAGAGGCGAUGCACAUUGGUGGGGUAAAGUUCAGUGGGAUACUGAUGAUAUAAAGUUGUGUCUUGACCAGCAUUUUGUUAAAAUAAUAUAAAAUUGAUUGUUGAAGAUUUGAGCAUGUUGGUUGCUGAGCUCUAGAUUUGGUCGUUAGUAUUUUUCAAAAUGCCUUGAUCUAUAAUGAAUGUCAAAAGAAGAAAGAAAACGAAUCGGUGAAGCAUGAUUCUUGGUAGGCGCUUGAAGAAGAUCAAAGACAAGAAGGGUACAAGCAUUUAAUGAAGAAAACCUCAUCCAGCAUGAAGACAAAGAAGGCUGGAAAAACUCAUUGAAAAGUUCUCCACGCUUGUCUUCAUGUAAUCAUUGUGCCUACUCAUUUGGCUCUAUUUAUGUGCUUGUAUCACUUUAUGGACUUUCUUAUUUAUUCUCAUUUAAUGUUUGUACACAUCUAAUUACUUUAAAAGGUUAUGACUUCAAAUUUAUAGAUACACCAAAACAAAAA